AUGGCAUCGUCUCGCAAGCUAUCAGAUCCUGGCGACUAUGCUGAACUUUUGAGUCGCUAUGACACCUGGCUCUUCGACUGUGACGGGGUGAUAUGGUCUGGGGACGAUGCUAUUGAAGGAGCGAGCAAGGCAAUCGACGUCUUGAGAGACAAUGGAAAGAGAGUGGUAUUUGUCACGAACAAUGCUGCAAGGAGUCGGAAGAUGCUCAAGAAGAAGUUUGACAGACUGAAAAUCGCAGCCAGUGAGGAGGAGAUUGUAUCCAGCGCCUUUGCAGCAGCUGUUUAUCUCAAGAAAGUCCUCAAGUUCCCCGCUGAUCGCAAGGUGUUCGUGAUGGGGAUGGAAGGGAUCGAAGCAGAACUUGAUGCCGUCAACAUCAAGCGCUGCGGAGGAACCUCCCCUGAGGACAACCAGUUUCUCCCAGCCAACGACUAUUCUUCGCUAGCAAGUGAGGAAGCGAUCGAUCCCAGUGUUGGCGCCGUUCUGUGUGGGUUCGAUAUGCACAUGAAUUACGCCAAACUUUGCAAAGCAUUCAAGUACUUGACGCGCGAAGGAGCCCAAGGGCCUGUCCUUGCAGGAGGAAGGGGAGGAGGCUGUCACUUCCUUUUGACAAACGACGACAAAGUGGUUCCGGCUCUAGGAGAGCUAUGGCCAGGCUCUGGUUCUCUCGCUACGCCAUUGAUCGCCUCGACAAAGCGCGAGCCGAUCAUUAUUGGCAAACCGCAUGCUCCCAUGCUUGACACGGUAAAGUCGCUUUACAACAUCGACGAGAAUCGGACGAUAUUCGUUGGAGACAACCUCCAUACGGAUAUCCUGUUUGCCGGACAUGGUAAUAUUGAUUCCCUUCUUGUCCUGACAGGUGUCACAAAGGAGGAGGACUGCCAGGCUGAAGGCAUAUGGCCAUCCUUUAUCAUUCAGAGUAUCAGCAACAUGGUGGCUGCGGAACGGGGCCAGUCGAGCAUUGCAGCCAUGGGCGUUGAGGAGACAAGUACCAUCCAUGCAUCGCUGUAG